AAGAUACGCGAGCAGCAGCUUAUGUGGAGGAGUCCCCAACCUCCCCGGUGUGGCACUCUACUGAGUACGUCUUACUCGCCGUCAUCAACCUCUUCCCACAUACGGCUUCGUUUCUGUCUCGCACCCCACGGCCCGAUCACUUCCAGUGCUGCAUGGCUAAUGAUGGAUCGGAAUGGUGCCAUUGUCUCAUCCUGCCAUCCAGGUCUUCGGUGAGGUGAUUGCUGCCCCACAGUCUCAGCACCUCUCCUUGUUACCUACCUAUCUCGGCCAUUCUUACAUGGGUUUGAAGCCUUCCGUUUCCUUUCUUCGCGUACGUACCUAGGAUCCCCAGGCUGGCCGCUGUAGCUAUAGUCACGACAGCGCAGUAGUAUUGGCGGCGGCAGCGGCAGCGGCAGCAGCAGCGAGCCGGGUAGGUUAAGCUGCUGUUCUCCUCACCGCGGCUCACCUUCUCCCUUCUCUCCUUCUUGUCAUCAUGAGUACCGAACCUCUUCUGCCCGCUCGCCGGACGCGAUCAUCCGACGAAAUGGGUAACCCCAACGGCGAGAACGGCGGUGUGUAUGCGUAUCAGCAUUAUCAAGAUGGCGACCACGAAGCCGAUCUCGUCACCACCACCGAGUCCCGCUCUCUGUCGCGCGGCCUUGCCCAGAGGCAUCUGUCCAUGAUCGGCAUCGCGGGCGCUAUCGGCACCGGACUCUUCCUCGGGCUCGGCGGCGCCAUCCAGACGGGCGGUCCUCUCGGUGCCCUGCUGGGAUACGCUAUCGUCGGCCUAAUCGUGUGCUCCGUGACUUUCGCGCUCGGCGAGGUGUCUGCGCUCCUACCGGUGACAGGCUCCUUCGUGCGGCACGCCGAAUUCCUUGUAGACCCGGCCCUCGGUUUUGCCGUCGGCUGGAACCUCGUGUACGGCAUCGCGCUGUCGAUCCCGAGCGAGAUCACGGCCAUCUGCGUGCUCUUCACCUUCUGGACCGAGGACGUAAGCCCGGCCGUCUACAUCGUGUCCUUCAUCGCGCUGACCUUCCUCGUCGGCAUUGCCUUCGUCCGCAUCUUCGGCGAGGUCGAGUUCGUCUUCGCCCUGCUCAAGAUCCUGCUCGUCGUCUUCCUCAUCAUCCUAGGCAUCAUCAUCGCUGCCGGCGGCAUCCCCGGCACCCCGGCCGUCGGCUUCAAGUACUGGCGCGACCCGGGCCCUUUCGUCGAGUACGUGACGACGGGCAGACUCGGUAACUUUCUCGGUUUCUGGGGCGUCAUGACGAACGCCGUCUUCUCCUUCGCCGGCGUCGAGUCACUCGCGAUGGCGGCCGCCGAGACCCGCAACCCGCGGCGGACGAUCCCGCGCGCCUGCAAGCGCAUCUUCGCGCGCGUGCUGCUCUUCUACAUGGUUGCCGUAUUUGUCGUCGGGCUGCUCGUGGCGAGCAACGACCCGCGACUCGACGACGGAUCCGGGACGGCGGCGCAGAGCCCGUUCGUGAUCGCGGCGUCGGCGGCGGGCAUCGCAGCCAUCCCCAGCGUCGUCAAUGCGGUCGUGAUCACGUCCGCAUGGUCGGCGUCGAACCAGGCGCUGCUUGCCGGCACACGCGUGCUCUUCGGACUCGCGCUCAAGGGACAGGCGCCGCGCUUCUUCCUGCGCACGACGUCCUGGGGCGCACCCUGGGCCUGCGUGCUGCUGUACACGGUUUUCAUGUUCCUCAGCUUUAUGAGCCUCAGCGCCGGCGCGCUCACCGUCUUCUGGUGGCUCGUCAGUCUCACCGCUGCCGGCGUGCUCGUCUCCUGGUCCGUUAUCCUGCUCAACCAUAUCCGCCUCCGCCUCGCCAUGGCGAAGCAGGGAAUCCCGGCCGAGAGGCUGCCGUGGCAAAACUGGUGGACGAUUUACAGCUCGGGGUUUUCGCUCUUCAUGUGCAUCCUGAUACUGCUGACGAGCGGCUUCAAGGUCUUCACGGCCGGCAACUGGGACGCGAGCGCCUUCGUCUCGUCGUACUUGGACAUACCACUCGUCGUGUCGGCGUACCUCAUCUGGAAAUUCGUGCGGAAGACCAAGAUCCCAUCGCUCAAGAGCAUCCCGCUUGAGCAAGCGUUCCAGCAGGCAGAGGAAUACCCCGAGGACCCCGAGGAAAAGUCUCAGGGGUGGCUGCGCACGGUGUCAUGGCUAUGGGAUUAACUAGAGUUGGUGGUUAUGUUACGUGCUUACCGUUUCGAGGGGGCUUGGAUAGAAUAUAAUGAAAUAGAGAGCGUGGGCAUAGAAAGUUCUCCAGCGGGGACUAGAAGUUCUCAAGACGUAGCGGUAGCUUCACGGGUUGUCAUAGUCUAGUGUUUAAUAUCUGAGGUCUUGUGCCUCGGCACGUGGAAAGUGUUUAUCCAAAUCCAAGACUUAGCAGUUUCGACAAGGAAUGCAAUCCGCCCUAGGUUAUAUCUA